CAUCUUCUCUACCCUCUUUACUCCCUUCCUUUUGCCUCCAUUGUUAACAAAGACCUCAUCCAUAUACUUGCCCAACAAAACUAGACAAUCUUCUCUUUCCUCCUAAUAUGUCAACAGAGACCCAUCCUCAAGUAACUAUACUGGCGCCUACGCCUCAGCUCAAAGGCAUGAUGAGCAUUAUUCGCAACAGGGAUACAUCAAGAGCAGAUUUUAUCUUUUAUGCUGAUCGCAUCAUCCGAAUCCUAAUCGAAGAAGCACUCAACCAUUUACCAGUCGUCGAAAAGUUUAUCCUUACUCCAACCGGCCAAGAAUAUCAAGGAGUCGAAUUCCAAGGCCGGAUCUGUGGGGUCUCGAUCAUGCGAGCAGGCGAAUCAAUGGAACAAGGUCUUCGGGAUGUUUGUAGGAGUGUCCGAAUUGGCAAGAUUCUCAUCCAGAGAGAUGAAGAGACAGCUCUCCCGAAGCUGUAUUACGCUAAAUUCCCACCAGAUAUUGCAUCUCGCUACUGUCUGUUGUUAGACCCAAUGCUUGCAACGGGAGGCUCCGCUAUGAAGGCCAUCGAAGUCUUGAUUAGUUAUGGAGUGCCAGAAGAGAAAAUUAUCUUUGUAAACCUCCUCUGUUGCCCAGAGGGUCUUUCGGCAGUAUUGAAAUCAUAUCCAAGGAUCAAGAUCAUCACUGCGGAGCUAGAUGAACAUCUGGACGAGAAGAAAUAUGUUAUCCCUGGAUUGGGCGACUUUGGCUGCAGAUAUUACGGAACAGACAAGUGAA